GAGCACGGACAGGACCGGUCCUGAGUAUUGUGUCAGCGCAAUCAUCUCAGAGAGCCGAGAGGUCCUGCUUGUGCGAGCGAAACUGUUCCUUUGCUAGCAACGCGUCAAAUAUCCAGUCAAGCAGACUUCAUCGUCCAUCUAGUUACAAUACCGUGCUGACUGCUGAUAAAUCCUAACGCAAACUAAACGAACCAGACAGAAGAGCAUUUCAGUGUCAUUGAAGAACUCGGCGUUCCUUCUGCUUCAUCUGCCACAUCACCAUGUUCAUGUCAACCGGCUCAAUCUUCUACCGUACUCUGGAUGAGCUGCCCACGCUACCAGACGCAGAAAACGGUACUCUCAACAAACCGGCCCCCUCCGAUGGCAAAAACAAUCCAGGCUGCCACGAAGACGGGCCAGAUCGAGGUAAGAAAUGCGUCAAGGCAGACGAACUGAAGGCCAGAGAGGCCUGCUCGGUUCACUCCGGAGGCCGGGCUUCCAGGUGGCGCCUUCCAGCCCGCUACCGAGUCAUGCUGCUCCUCGUCUGGGGCUUCGCCGUCCAAAUGGCCCUGAGAGUCGUCCUCAACGUGACCAUCAUCGCCAUGGAGACGCCGGCCGAGCUGACGCCGUCGAACAUCUCUGGGGCACUUCGAGUGCCUCUCAUUACAACCACCGUCAUCCGUCCUGCUCUGCCCUGGGAGGCGGUGCUGCCGCUCAGUGUGGACGCGAGGUGGACGGAGAUGACUUCCAACGCCGCGGACUCUCCCUUCAGUGCUAAGCUGCUGGUGAACACAGAGGAGUCUGAGGAGGUGCUGGUGUCGACGGAGACGAAUCAGACGGUCGGCACCGGAGGAAGUCUGCAGCUGGAUAGUCUCAGUCGCGGCCUGGUUCUCUCCUCCUUCUACUGGGGCUACAUGGUGUCUCAGGUGCCCGGUGGUCGCCUGGCCGACCGGUUCGGCGCCCGGCGUGUGUUGGCUGUCUCUCUGGGCAUCACCAGCCUGCUGGCACUGCUGCUGCCGGUGGCCGCUCAGGCCGGCGCUACUGGGGUCAUCGCGGUACGGCUGCUGCAGGGACUGGCCACGGGCCCGGUGCUGCCGAGUCUGUUCCCGCUGCUGGCGCGCUGGCUGCCGGCCGACGAGCGGCAGACGGCGUGCGCGCUCAUCACGGCUGCCCAGCUGCUGGCCGUGGCCGCCAUCAGCCCGGCGGCUGCCUCACUCAGCGUGGCGCUCGGCUGGCAGAGCGUGUUCUACGUCACCGGCGGCAUCGGCAUGCUGUGGCUGCUCGUCUGGUGGCUCUGCAUGUACGACUCGCCGGCAGAACACCCGGCAGCGUGUGAGUGCGAGCUGCGGAGGAUCGGAGUGUCGGCCUCGCUGCCGGCCUCCUCCGCCACGCCGCCGUACUGCGCUAUCCUCUGCUCGGCACCAGUCUGGGCCAUCGUCAUCUGUGAGGCGGCCAACAUGUGGGGCCAGCAGCUGCUGGUGACGCUGGUGCCUCUCUACCUGAAGGACGCAGUCGGUCUGGACCUGCACACUAGUGGAAUUCUCAGCGGUGUACCGCACAUCGGACGCGCACUGCUCGGUCUCCUGCUGGGGCUGAACGGCGACCUGGCGCUGCGCCGCGGCUGGCUGAAGCCACUGGCGCUUCGUCGACUGGCCACGGUAGCCAGCUGCGGAGGCGUCAGCGUCUGUCUGCUCUCCCUGCCGCUGGUCGCCCACCUGCCGCCCGCGGUGACGGCGGCGCUCUUCUGCCUGGCCGGUCUGGCCACGGCCUUUACGACCGUCGGACACCCGCUCAGCACCAUCGACGUGUCUCCGACAUUCUGCGGCACCGUGUUUGGGCUGGCCAACACGGCUGGCGGCGCUGCCUCGCUGCUCAGCCCGCUGGCGGCCGGCGCUAUCCUGGAUGGCUCCACGGGCGCCGAGUCGCUGGCUGGCUGGCGAAUCGUCUUCUGGCUCGCUGCCGCAGUGUUUAUCCUUGGAAUGGUCGCCUUCCUCAUCAUGGCCUCGGGUGACCGGCAGCCAUGGGAUGCCGAAGCCGACAGCUCGCAGGAGAAACAGCCGAUCGUCGAGACGGCCACCGUAGACGGGGUCGAGAAGGUGGCCGAGAAAUGUUAAUAGGGUCCACAAAACGAAAAUAAUGAACAUCGCAGAACGACACUUGCGCUAUGUCGCAUGUGUUCGAAGACAAAUACCUGCUACCUACUAAUGCGUUAUGCCUAUCAUGAUCGUGGUCCAUGACCGUAGCUCGAUGAAUGAAUCGCAUGUGUACGUACAAAUGUCUGGUUAGAACUUCACUUGCUUUCGAUCGACAAUCCUUUAUGAUUAUAUC